GUUUCGCUGACGCUUCAUGUCCGGGAGUGAAGUGGGUGUUCUUGGUGCCGAGCCUUCUCGCUGUGAUUCGCAGAGCCAGCGGAUCCAGGAGAUUGCUUCGGAGGUGCUCAGGCUACGACUUGUACAGUCCCAGUACAAGCAGCUGGAGGGACAGCUCAAAGCAGCUGUUGACCAGCUGCAGCAAGCAUCAGAUAAGGUGGAUCAGUUCUCGCAAUACCUGGAGCAAGGGCUUCGACCAGGCGGCAGUAUUGGAACGCUUGGAGGCUCCUUCUCGGGUGUAGAAGCUGACAGCCUGCUGGGCUUGAUGGAAUGCUUGUGCGUGGUCUGCAGUGCGCCGGUGGUGUCUCGAAAGCAAGAAGACCUCCUGGCUGCUACAAAGUGGUUGCUUCAGGAUCCAGGAACCCUCGUCCGUCGCCUAGCAGAGCUUCCUUGCGCGCCCGGUGCGCAAUCUCGAAGGCUGGCUCCAUAUCUCUUAACAUGUGCCAGCAGCUGGAGAGGCCAUCUAAAUGAGGCGGGCCAGUGCUAUGAGGCCUUGAAGUCUUGGUUGUCAUGCUACUACCAGUUCUCCUUGGUCAGUGGUCAGAUGGAGGCCAAUGCCAUUCAACUGCAGCACCAGGAGCAACUGCUCGCGGAACUCAGCAAGGAGGAAGGAGGUGAUGGAUCAGUGAAACCCUUUGCUUGGCGAUCCGGUCUGAAGAGAUCGUCUUCGGUGCAAUCAACUUCAAGUACUGGAAGCCGUCGUUCACAGUCACCAGCAGAGCGCGUUGCGAGAAUGUCGAGUGGGGUGAAAGUCACCAGUGCUCAAGGCAUUUCUGUAGCGCGAAGAGCUUCCCGAGAUGUCCGAGAGGCCUCGGCGAAGAGCCCCCUCGGUCGCCUCAGCGAUAGGAAUCGGGCCGUUGGCCAGCAGCCAUCGAGUACGCAGGUUUGGAGCAAACCUUUGACCGCAAGUGCUGAGAAGCGCCAGGUAGCGCAUUCCCAGAGCGAGUCCUCACCGCGUGUCACGCGAUUGAGUUCUCAACUGGCCAUGAGCACCGUCCUGGGCAACGCGCGGAUGUCGCGCAGUGGCAGUGCUUGUGCACCGCCGGGUCCACCUGUGGUCAGCCCUCGGCGACAGCCCUACAGCGCACGAGCGAGCUACACCGAGCCACCCAAGACGGUACUCUCGACCCGCCGGCAUAUUGUGCCUGCGAGGGCAAGGCGUCCCAGUGAAAGUUCCUCAGGUGUGGCCCCUCAAUCUUCGCGUCUCACACCUAGUGCAAUGAAGUCAGAGAAGGUUGAGGAGGCAAAGAAUGGCUCGACCCCUUUAUCGCCUCGCAACGGCCAAGCGACCAGUGCUUUUUGCAGGUCGCGCAGUCUACAGAGCAUCACUGAACCUGAGGCCGGUGCCACUCCUACACGAGUCGCCAGGCCGGCGGAGGUGUCGACCCGAAGGUCGCAGGUUACCCCAAUUGGCGGGCGACUCUCGGCAUCUGCCUCCCAGCCCACCAGGCCCAUUGUCACCUCGGUGAGGCCGCGCCAGGGAGGUUCCAUCACUACACCUCCAGCAACACCAGGCGUCCGGUUUCAUGCGCGAACGACAAAGUCUACUUUGCCUUGCAAGGAUGCCAGCGGCCGGGAUGCCAUCGUGCGAGACCUCACCCCCAGCGCAUGGGCUUUGGCUACCUCGCGCUCCUCUCCAUCCCUUGAGACUCGGGUGGUAUUGGGUCGACAGAUCCGAGAGACGGCUAUGGCCACACCGAGGCCACUCUUUUCGGCAAGAGCGAUGAGGUAGCCGCCAGGUGAGAUCCGCCUGUUGGACAUUGUGAAGAUCGUCAUGGCUUCGCUAGGAACCUCUGCACCUGUGCAAAUCCCCUUCGAGAACAGAUCCUGUACUGUAGUGUGAUGGGUGCUAUGAGUAAGUUCCUGACAGUCUUGAACGCAAGGGGACGUUUCGGAGAGUUCUUGCUGAAAUUAAGCUUUUGCCUGCUUCUGGCCUGAUGACAGAUGC